CGGAAGUGCGGAUUCUAGGAGGUCGCGGUGGGAUCAGGAGAAAAUCGAGACCGUGUGUGGAUCUCUGCGUGGAAUAGGAUGAAGGAAACGAGUUCCUGAAGUCCAGGUCCUCCUUUGCCAAUCGCCUUUGGCUUUCCACAUCUUCUCUCGACCCCGUAGAAAUGAAAGCGUUGUUGGAGAUCGAGGAUUAAGCACACCUAAAGUGCUCACAGGUCGUGGCUCCUGGAGCAAGAUACAUCACGUGACGUGAGAAGGCUUCACGACCUGGAUAUCAUCAUUUGUGGGGACAUCACUGCCUGGAGACUAAGAUUUCUAACCAGAAAUUUAGGGCAGUUCAAGAAGAGGCUCAGGAGACAUCCUAGUCUUUGGCCGUUUCCCAAUAACAGAUGAAAAUGAUCAAGGACCAGGGAUCGCUGACACUGGAGGAUGUGGCCGUGGACUUCACGUGGGAGGAGUGGCAGCUCCUGGCCCCGGCUCAGAAGGACCUGUACCGGGAUGUGAUGCUGGAGAACUAUAGCAACCUGCUGUCUGUGGGGUAUCAAGCCGGCAAGCCGGAUGCUCUCUCCAGAUUGGAACGAGGAGAACCGUGGCCAGUAGAAGAUGAAAUCCACAGUCGAAUCUGUCCAGAAAUGAGGAAAGAUGACUGUCUUCAGGAGGACUUGCAAAAUCAAAGAUGUCCAAAAAGAAUGGAACGAUGUCACGAACAUAAUGCACUUGGAAACAUUGUUCAUCGGAGCAAAAGUAACUUUCCUUUAAGGCAAAAUCAUGAUGUGUUGGACUUUCAUGGGAAAACACUGAAAUCAAACUUAAGUUUAGUCAACCAGAACAGAAGCUAUGAAGUAAAGAACCCUCUUGGAGAUGGGGAAUCCUUCCUCCAUGCAAAGCAUGAGCAAUUUCAUAGUGAAAUGAAAUUUACUGAAUGUGGAAGUUCUAUGAACACAAAUUCACAGUUCAUUAAGCAUCUAGAAACUCAAAAGAUAAAUAAACCCCACUUAUGCACUGAAUGUGGGAAAGCUUUCAUCAAGAAGUCCCGCCUCAUCGAUCAUCAGAGAGUGCACACAGGAGAAAAACCUCAUGGAUGCAGUAUAUGUGGGAAAGCUUUCUCCAGAAAGUCCAGGCUCACUGAACACCAGAAAACCCAUAUAGGAGAGAAACGGUAUACAUGCACUGAAUGUGACAAAGCCUUCCCCAAGAAAUCACGGCUGCUUAUUCAUCAGAAAACUCAUACAGGAGAAAAACCCUAUGUAUGCGAGGAAUGUGGAAAAGGCUUCAUCAAGAAGUCUCGGCUUAUUAAUCAUCAGAGAGUUCAUACAGGAGAGAAACCUCAUGGGUGCAGUCUGUGCGACAAAGCAUUCUCCAGGAAGUCCCGGCUCAUCGAACAUCAGAGAACUCAUACGGGAGAAAAACCAUAUGAAUGCACCAAAUGUGACAAAGCCUUCCGCUGGAAAUCACAGCUUAACGCACACCAGAAAACUCAUACAGGAGAGAAAUCAUAUAUAUGCAGUGAUUGUGGAAAAGGCUUCAUUCAGAAGGGCAAUCUCAUUGUACAUCAGCGAACUCACACUGGAGAGAAACCCUAUAUGUGCAAUGAAUGUGGAAAAGGCUUCAUCCAGAAGGGCAAUCUCCUCAUACAUCAACGAACACACACUGGAGAGAAACCCUAUGUAUGCAGUGAAUGUGGGAAAGGCUUCAGCCAGAAAACAUGCCUCAUCUCACAUCAGAGAUUUCACACUGGAAAGACUCCCUUUGUAUGUACCGAAUGUGGAAAAUCAUGUUCACACAAGUCUGGCCUCAUUAACCAUCAGAGAAUUCACACAGGAGAGAAACCCUACACGUGCAGUGACUGUGGGAAAGCCUUCAGGGAUAAGUCGUGCCUCAAUAGACAUCGGAGAACUCAUACAGGAGAGAGACCCUAUGGAUGCACUGACUGUGGGAAAGCCUUCUCCCACUUGUCAUGCCUCGUGUACCACAAGGGGAUGCUACAUGCAAGAGAAACGUGGAGAUUCAGUCAAGUUGGAAAAUCCUUUCUCAGAGAGUCCCAGCUCAUCACGUUCAAGUGAUAUCGUACAGGGGAAAAACCCUGUUAAUGUGGUGAGCGUGCACACACCUUCUGUGGCAGCUCAGACUCCAUUCCACAGUGAUGGGUUCCUAGCAGAU